AUGAAAAAGGUCCCCCUGUUCAUUCUGACAUGCCUCUAUUUCAUUUGCGCAAGCACUAAUUGCAACGGGUUGAAAAUAAACAGGGCGGCAAUAACUCCAAACGUGUUGUUCAGCAUAGGGGGAAAAGGCGAAAGAAAGGCUAAGGCUAACCCUAACACGAACAGCACCGGGGGAAAAAGCAACACAAGCAAUGACAAUAACAAGAAGAAAGUGAACGAACAGGUAGGAAACAAAUUUCUUCUCCUAGAACAAAACAAACGUGUAUCCAUCAACCCGCUGUUCAAUUCUUUAUGCAAAAAUGUGAGCGUCAGUGAAGCCUGCCUGUACAAUGUGCAAGAAUUUUUUAACGAGGCAAAUUACAACAAUGGGAGCAGUGGACACCUGGGGGACAAGAAACUCUUCUGCGGUGUCCUGUACGGAACCUAUGAGGAUGACUCUGUCGUGAAAAUCGAAAAUGUAUUUUUUGCUUUGAACCAACCACAACAAAUGUACGACAUGGAUUACUUGCUCAAUAGCGAAGACAGAAGGAAGGCUGACGCGCUGGCAAAGAUGCUGAACUUGGAAGUGGUGGGCGUUCUGUAUGCCUACCCCGACAUCGGAGUAGACUUAAGUGUGUCCAACAAGAAAAGCAAACAUUUCGUAAAACUUAAUAAGAAGAUAAAAACGUUGAAUGAUGAGGACAACGAGCUGUUCAUCCCUAUGGGGGGUAGGGAGGUUCUCCUCGCGCUCACAGUGAUGAAGCACCGCGAUGACUGCACGCGGAAGAAUAUGCCAUGCGAGUGUAUCCCCCGUGGAAGCGCAAAAAGAGCGGCAAAAAAUAUGGCAAAAUCACACACCAAAGGGAAAAAAAAAAAAAAAAAAAAAAAAAAAAAAAUUCACAACGUAAAGCCAUUCAUCACACUAUCUGUCGGUAUGGACAAAAGCUCCAAGUCGAUAGUUGUCGAGGCGUACGAAAUAAAUUACGACUUGCUCAAGUUGCUAAAUCAGGACAUCAUCAAAGACAUGCAAAAGCAAAACAGCAUACUGCAUUUCGAAGCAAACAAAAAUGAAAAGGACCAAAAGAUAAAAAACUUCAACACCGAAGUUGACCUAAUGAAUGAGUUAUAUUUGAAAUGUAAAAGUGACGUCCUCAUUGAGAAAAUCGAAGUGAAGCAAAUUGAUGUCCUCUUCUGUGUUAACAACGUCCCCAUUCUAUCCCACAAGAGCCUCUACAAUACUUUAUUCCCCUACCCCAACAACAGCAACUACUACACCAUUCUCCAAAGGUUUAAUUACAUGUCUAGGUCGUUACAUAAUAAAAAGGACAUGGUCAGUAUAUUCCGCGACUUUAAUUUUCUCCUUUUUCUUACGAACAUUUUUUCAUGCGAACGUGACAUCCCUCCUAUUUGUAAAGCAGUCAACGAUUCGAAUAACUCUGUUGCCAUUCCUGACCAAUACAUAAGCAUUUUGAGGAGCCUCUCCCAAAGUGCCAAUGCGCCUCAGUAA